AUGCUGGAAUUCCAGUUUGACCUGCGUAUGGAUUGUAUUACAGGGAAGAAUGGAAAGGUGGGGGCGUUUGCUCAGAAGUGUCCCCGAACAGAGAAAAUGGCAUCUAAUGUCCAGCCUGCAUCUGUUACCAAGUCAGGAUCUCAUGACUUCAUCUUCGUUGUUGCCUCUGUUCAAAGAGAAUUUUGUAGGGAGGCAUCAGUUUUACUACGGAGUCUGGCUCACAAAUAUUCUGGAACUCUUCCUGGUCUCCCUACUUCAUAUGCUGCUUUGUUAAGAAUUAAGAAGAGUUCAUCUUCAUCCCUCUUUGGUUCAAAGACCAGACCACGAUACAGCAGUCCUUUGUUAGGAACACCGAGCUGGCGAGGGGCAGCUCAACAUUAUUAUGCCCCCAACAAUCUUUAUCAUUCCUCAGAUGCCUUCAAACAAGAUGAAAGUGUGGACUAUGGGCCAGUAUUUGUACAAGAACCAGACGAUAUAAUUUUCCCAGCUGAUUCUGACGAGAAGAAAGUAGCACUGAACUGUGAAGUUCGUGGCAAUCCAGCUCCCAAUUACAGAUGGCUUCGAAAUGGAACAGAAAUAGAUUUGGAAAGUGAUUAUCGCUACAGUUUGAUAGACGGGACCUUCAUUAUAAGCAAUCCAAGUGAAGCAAAGGAUUCUGGUCAUUAUCAGUGUUUAGCAGUCAACACUUUUGGAAGUAUUCUUAGUAGAGAAGCUAUACUUCAGUUUGCCUAUCUGGGAAAUUUUAGUGGCCGGACAAGAAGUGCAGUCUCUGUGAGGGAAGGCCAGGGGGUUGUUCUGAUGUGCUCUCCUCCGCCUCAUUCACCAGAGAUCAUCUAUAGCUGGGUAUUUAACGAGUUCCCUUCCUUUGUGGCGGAAGACAGUCGGCGGUUCAUUUCCCAGGAGACAGGCAACCUUUAUAUUUCUAAAGUCCAAACAUCAGAUGUUGGCAGCUAUAUUUGUCUGGUGAAAAACACAGUGACAAAUGCUCGAGUACUUAGUCCUCCAACACCACUCACUCUGCGUAACGAUGGUGUGAUGGGAGAAUAUGAGCCGAAAAUUGAGGUCCAUUUUCCUUUCAUGGUUACAGCUGCUAAGGGAACAACUGUUAAGAUGGAGUGCUUUGCACUUGGCAACCCAGUUCCAACAAUCACAUGGAUGAAAGUUAAUGGUUAUGUUCCCAGUAAGGCACGUCUGCGGAAAUCUCAGGCAGUGCUUGAAAUACCCAACGUGCAGCUGGAUGACGCAGGCAUAUAUGAGUGCAGAGCUGAAAACUCACGCGGAAAAAAUUCCUUUCGUGGACAAUUACAAGUGUACACUUACCCACACUGGGUAGAAAAACUGAAUGAUACUCAGUUGGACAGCGGGAGCCCUCUCAGAUGGGAAUGUAAGGCUACCGGAAAACCCAGACCCACAUACCGUUGGCUGAAGAAUGGAGUGCCCCUCUUGCCUCAGAGUAGGGUUGAGAUGGUUAAUGGAGUAUUGAUGAUCCACAAUGUGAAUCAAUCAGAUGCUGGAAUGUAUCAGUGUUUGGCUGAAAAUAAAUAUGGAGCCAUUUACGCAAGUGCUGAGCUGAAGAUUCUAGCUUCAGCUCCCACUUUUGCACUGAAUCAUCUAAAGAAAACAAUAAUUGUUACCAAAGGCCAAGAAGUCACCAUGGAGUGCAAGCCCCAAGGCUCUCCAAAACCAACCAUCUCUUGGAAGAAGGGAGACAAAGCAGUUAGAGAGAACAAAAGAAUAGCUAUUCUUCCAGACGGGACUCUACGGAUCUUAAAUGCUUCUAAAUCAGAUGAGGGAAAAUACAUUUGCCAAGGGGAAAAUGUCUUUGGUUCCGCUGAAAUCAUAGCUUCAGUAUCUGUAAAAGAACCUACAAGAAUAGAACUUACUCCUAAAAGAACAGAGUUAACAGUGGGAGAAAGUAUCGUCCUUAAUUGCAAAGCGAUUCACGAUGCUAGUUUGGAUGUCACUUUCUACUGGACGCUAAAAGGACAGCCUAUCGAUUUCGAGAAAGAAGGUGGACAUUUUGAAAGCAUCAGGGCCCAAGCAUCCUCUGCAGAUUUAAUGAUCAGGAACAUCCUUCUGAUGCAUGCUGGGAGAUAUGGCUGCAGGGUACAGACCACAGCAGACAGUGUGUCAGAUGAGGCAGAACUUCUUGUUAGGGGUCCCCCAGGUCCGCCAGGGAUAGUGAUCAUUGAGGAGAUCACCGAAAGCACAGCUACACUCUCCUGGAGUCCAGCUGCUGACAAUCACAGCCCAAUCUCCUCCUACAACCUGCAGGCUCGCAGCCCUUUCUCCCUGGGCUGGCAAACAGUGAAAACAGUUCCAGAAAUCAUAACAGGGGACAUGGAGUCAGCCAUGGCAGUGGACCUGAACCCCUGGGUGGAAUAUGAAUUUAGAGUGGUGGCCACCAAUCCAAUUGGGACUGGAGACCCAAGCACCCCAUCUCGAAUGAUCCGCACAAAUGAAGCAGUUCCAAAGACAGCACCCACCAAUGUAAGUGGAAGAAGUGGAAGAAGGCAUGAGUUAGUCAUCGCCUGGGAGCCAGUAUCUGAAGAGUUUCAGAAUGGAGAAGGCUUUGGCUAUAUUGUGGCUUUCAGGCCCAAUGGAACACGUGGCUGGAAGGAAAAAAUGGUGACAUCCUCUGAGGCUUCAAAAUUCAUUUAUCGAGAUGAAAGCGUCCCUCCUCUUACUCCCUUUGAAGUGAAGGUCGGCGUUUACAACAAUAAAGGGGAUGGACCUUUUAGUCAGAUCGUGGUCAUCUGUUCAGCUGAAGGAGAACCCAGUGCUGCUCCGACAGAUGUCAAGGCUACGAGUGUGUCUGUGUCAGAGAUUCUUGUUGCAUGGAAACAUAUUAAAGAGAGUCUAGGAAGACCACAGGGAUUUGAGGUUGGUUAUCGGAAAGACAUGGAACAAGAAGAUGCGGCAGAAACAGUCAAAACUAGGGGGAACGAGUCAUCUGUCAUCCUGACAGGAUUAGAAGGAAAUACGCUAUAUCACUUCACAGUGAGGGCUUAUAAUGGAGCUGGAUAUGGGCCACCUAGCAGUGAAGUGAGCGCAACCACCAAGAAAUCCCCCCCCAGUCAAGCACCCAGCAACCUCAGGUGGGAGCAACAAGGCUCUGAGCUUUCUCUGGGCUGGGAACCUGUCAGACCAUUAGCCAACGAAUCUGAAGUCCUGGGCUACAAGGUUUUUUAUAGGCAAGAAGGUCACAGCAACAGUCAAGUUAUUGAAACGCAGAAACCUCAAGCAGUAGUACCACUCCCCGAUGCUGGAGUCUAUAUUAUUGAAGUUCGAGCAUAUAGUGAAGGAGGGGAUGGAACGGCUAGUUCCCAAAUCAGGGUACCAUCAUAUUCAGGUGGGAAAAUCACUAGUGCUCAGUCAACCCUCCACACCCUCUCCACGUCUUCAUCCUCAGUAACGUUGCUUUUGGCAUUGAUGCUUCCUUCAACCUCUUGGUGA